UCAAGUUUGCACGUCCUAUUCUCGCAAGUUUGGACACGUCAGCGAGAUCUGAUUGUUGUUUAUUUAUAUACGUAUGCUGAAUUAUUUUCCAUCUCUAAGCUCCGUAUAAAAGAAUCUCGGUCGAUACCAAUGCACAGUUCUGACAGAACAAUAGUGCAGGAUACUUCUUAUAAAGCAACAUGAAGACAAUUUUGGUACUUUUUGCGCUCGUGGCAGCGGUCGCGUGUGAAGAAUACUACAGUACGCAGUAUGACAACUUCGAUGCUAACGAGCUGGUCAGCAACGUUCGCCUACUGAAAAACUACGGAAAAUGCUUCCUCGACGAGGGACCGUGCACGGUUGAAGGAAGAGAAUUCAAAAAGAAUAUCCCCGAUGCGCUGAGAACCAGAUGCAGAAAAUGCACGCCGAAGCAGCGACACCUCAUAAGGACGGUAGUGAAGGGCUUCCAGACCAAGUUGCCUGACCUUUGGGAGCGGCUCGCUAAAAAGGAAGACCCUGAGGGCAUUUACAAGGAGGACUUCCUCGCCUUCAUCAACUCUACCGAUUAGACCAAGUUGUUGUCAAUUAUCUCACGAUCACAUAUAUUUGGAAGGUUUGCUGAAUACUCACGGGGCUUGUAAAUUUAAAGCAUCACAUUAGUACUAUCAAAUAUUAUGCUCAUUAUUUAUUAAAAUAUAUUUUUUAAA